AUGCUACAAUCAAAAUCAUUGCAUAGGCUCAAUAUCCUACAGGAUGUCCCCGUCAUCCACGUCAGUCUCUUGUUUAAAAUCAGAAACUUCUACCGGCAGCUGUCACUUGUUUCACUGCAGCCGCCGCUUGCGUUUGUCACGAUCGGCUGUCUGUCGAGUUCUCCUCCAAAGUGCAUUCCUAUUGGCUUACCGGCAUUGUGUCACUCGAAUUAUAAAAGGGGUAAAAUGGAUUUCUAUAAAGACGAAGAAAUGUACAAUCUGCACUGGAUUUUCUACCGCGUUACCUACAGUGUUAUUAUCACAAUAACCAUCCCUCUUCAGGCUAUAACUGCCUAUACUCUAAAUAAACCAGAACUGAAAAAGAAUCCUGUCAACAGGUACUUCCUUCUGAUGAUCCUGUCUGACUUCGCCAUGACAAUCUGCAUCAUCCCUUCUGUUAUUUCUCUGAACGGGUGUGUAUUCUGGAGCUACAGCUUCGCCUUCUAUUUCGCUCAUUUCGGAUGGUCGCUGGAAACCCUCUACCAGAUGCUGAGCGUGUACAUCCUCCUCUGGAUCUCUGUGGAUCGGUUCAUGGCAGCGUGGAACAUCCCUUUGUUCAGUCGGGUAUACAAGGACGGUGUUAUUCUGAAGAGGAUGGUUGCCACCUUUAUUUUCUGUGUGUUCUCGCACCUCCAAAAAUUCAUAUGCGCCGAGGUCCUGUGCUUAGAAGGCAACAUGACCAACUGCACCGAAUUCAAGAUCCGCGAUGACGUUCACUACAAGAACAACUCCUUCCUGCCGAAGUUCUUCAUGACCCUCCAUGAGAUUAGCCUCACCUGGUUCCCCGUGAUCAUUCUGGCGGUGCUCAACUUUGGUCUAGCCAUCAAACUCUACUCGAAGAACUACCAAAAUAGCUUUACCUCGGACUACCGCAGGGAAAAGGAAAACAGGGCAAUCAUCAAUCUGCUCUGUUUCUCUUUCACGUACAUCUUCAUUUCCACGCCGAUAUCAUGGUAUAUCAUCUUUUACCAAGACCUGGAGAGCAAGUGCUACGGCAGCAUGGCCGACGAGAUCUUCCGCGGGGUCGGUAACAUAUUCGAAGUUGCCCAAGGACUGAUGCAUAUUCUCUAUUUGUACUUACUGAACAAGAAAUUCCGAAUGGCGAUCAUUUCCUUCUUUAAGACUAAAUCAGCAGAUAAUUCCACUCAGGAAUCGCAGGACAAGCGAGAACCCGACACGAGCACCGACACAAAGUUACAUUCGCAGCUGUCCAUUAAAUCAAACAAUAGCAGCGCUCAGUGGCAUUCCUCCCUGGAUUGCUGAACUCGACAAAGGUUUAGGGACAAACAUACAGGCACACACACACACACACACACACACACACACACACACACACAUGAUAUUUACACGUCCAUUAUACAUUUGCAAUUAUGUACAAAGGAAACAAAGAUCAUAAUCACAGACUAUAAUGGGCUGACGCAGCAUUUUGCGUUUAUGAUAUUUCCUCAAGACCAGAAUCGUUUCUCUAAUUCAUUGGUUCCCAAACUUUAGUCACGCACGUGUUUCUUGAAGUUUUAAAUCACCAACCACGUACAACUCAUAAAUCUUUUGAAUGUACAUAGGACACAGAGCUGUGAACCUAAUAACGUUAUUGAACCUUUCGAACACAAUAAGUUCCUUAAAAGAGAUAAUUGAAUUCUUUAGUCCUAUAACCCUUUGUAUAUCUCACUUUUAGGAUUCUCUGGAGUCUAACUUGUGUGCUGACAAGAUUCUGAAAUGAGAUAAACGAAUUUGUUAGGUACAUACAAAUAAUUUUAUUUUAUUUUCGUCUUUUUGUUAGCUCCGAAUUCCCCCCCCCCCCCUUUAAAAUUCUUUUGCGUUCCCCACUUUCGGAACCUCUGAAAUCUAGCUGACAAGAUCCUAAAACAAGAUAAACGCAUUCGUUGAACACAUUUAAGAAUGGGACAAAGCUUCAGCAACAGAUUACAUAAAUAAUAAAAAAUUAGAAAUAUCUGAAAUUAAUCCGCCUUCUCCAGAAAACCCAUUUCCGUAGCCAACUCCAAGAACCGCUGCAUUCUGAGUUGUGUGUCGCAUGCACCACCAAAAUCCUCUUUGCGUCCUGAUUGAUCAACACAUCCUGAUGGUUCUACAAGUGCAAUGACAUGUGUAAGGAGUCUGCCAAGACCAAGUUGGGUAGUUAGUAAUAUGUCUUCGAUGCUGUUAGUAACUACGGUGUCUUUACAGUCACCAUGUAUAAGGAAGGAACUGAUAACUUUGUAUGUAUAUAUUGCCAUUGUGCUAAUAGGCGUUUAUUGAUGCUUUAUGUGAUGUGAUCUAAGUUUUAUAUUAUUUAUUCGUGUUUUCUGAAUGUUCUUAUCAACUUCAUUUAAGGUGAUUUAAUGUGCUUUCAUCAUUGUAUCUAUGUAUCAACAUGUUCACAAUUACCCUUUGGUUCCUAGACUCGAAUCAUUAUAUUUGCAAAUCAUAUUUUCAUUAGACUAUUCUUGCAAUAUUCAUUAGUGUAUCAGGAAUUUUACAUGAAUGUUAUGAAUUUGCACUGAAUCGUGAUUACACUUGUACAAUUGUAUCGCAAAUGUCUUUCAUAUUAUAUAUUUAUUUGAUAUUUA